AGAAGCAAAGUGGAGAGGAACAGAGAGAAAGAGAGAGACAGUUGGAGAGAAAGAGGGGGGAAAAGACAGAAGACUGCAGCCCGGGUUUGCCAGCGGUCGUACACUCUUCCAACAUUGAUUCGAGUCCUCUUGUUUUUUUUAUCUUCUUCUCCUCCGUCCUGCUCCCCCCCCCCCUUCUUCCGACUCUCAGUGUCUCUCUCUAUCCGUGAGUCGUAGUUAGCCUACAGAUCUGACCCAGUACCACCAUACUGCUGCUUUGCCAAAGCAUUUUUGUUUUGUUUUUGGCCCCCAAAAUGUUUUUCCAUUUUUGAAAGCGAACAAAGAAGCGGUUUCAUUUAACAUUUUUAAACUCAUCUCAUCGCUUUAUUUAAAUUGUAUUAAGUUUUAUUACACGCAUACAACCGUUGUUGUUGUUCUGUAAUUCACUUUUUAACUUUCCCUCCACUCUCUCUCUCUCUCUCUCUCCGGUGUUGUUGAACACCACCUGGUUUAGCAGCUCUUCUGCCACAGUACCUCCUGUGUUUCUGUGCUGGUACUACACCAUCCUCACCCCCUCCUUCGCCUCUCCUUCAUUCUUGACUUUGUUUUUCUUCUUCUUGCAUUUAUUGGACAAUUUCUGCAGCUUUCCUCCGUUUUUUUCCUCCCUCCCGCCUUUCUUCUUCAUUUGUCUUGUAAUUUGUAACAUACUGUAGUUGCGGAAGUUGUUGUGUAUUGACUCAGUAAACCGGUAUCGAACUGGUAUACUGUUUUGUCUGGCGCAGUGAAUUUAUCAUGAGACAGCGAAAUGGAUGAAUUCCACCCGUUCAUCGAGGCCCUGCUGCCCCACGUCCGAGCCUUCUCCUACACAUGGUUCAACCUGCAGGCCCGCAAGCGCAAGUACUUCAAGAAGCACGAGAAGAAGAUGUCCAAGGAGGAAGAGCGCGCAGUCAAAGAUGAACUGCUGGGAGAAAAAUCCGAGAUCAAACAGAAAUGGGCGUCGAGGCUCCUUGCCAAGCUCCGCAAGGACAUCCGGCCAGAGUUCCGGGAGGACUUUGUCCUCACCAUCACCGGGAAGAAAGCCCCCUGCUGCGUCCUCUCCAACCCCGACCAGAAGGGUAAGAUCAGGAGGAUCGACUGUCUGCGCCAGGCUGACAAGGUGUGGAGGCUGGACCUGGUGAUGGUCAUCCUGUUCAAGGGCAGCCCCCUGGAGAGUACGGACGGAGAGCGUCUGGCCAAGUCGCCCCAGUGCUCCAACCACGGCCUGUGUGUCCAGCCGCAUCACAUCGGGGUCUCCGUCAAAGAGCUGGAUCUCUACCUGGCCUACUUCGUCCAGGCACCAGAAUCUGGACAAUCAGACAGCUCCAGCCAACAAGGAGACACAGACAUCAAGCCACCGCCCAAUGGGCACCUGAGUUUCCAGGACUGCUUCGUCACCUCAGGAGUGUGGAACGUGGCUGAGCUCGUCAGGGUGUCACAGACUCCUGUAGCCACAGCGUCUGGUCCUAACUUCUCCCUGGCUGACCUGGAGAGUCCUGGCUACUACAACAUCAACCAGGUGGCUCUGGGGCGACGCUCCCUCGCAUCCCCCCCUUCCACCAGGUACAUGUCUGAGGUCGAGCUGUACGCAAACCUUCCACGGAGCUCUAACAAGAGGAAGUCGUUAGACGACAGUGAGCUGGAGAGCCCCACGGACGACGUCUUCUACCCCGGACGCUCCCCAGCCGCAGGCUCCUCCCAGUCCAGCGGCUGGCCCAACGACAUGGAUGCAGGUGGAGACCUUCAUUCCCCAUCCCCAAGCUCACACCAUGUUGACCGUCACCUGAUAAUGCAGCACCAUUUGGCCAGUGUGCAGGAGAGGAAGAUAAAACAUGAACACGAUGGAGUGCAGUUUCCUUACCAUGGACUGUCCUCGCCUGGUUCUCUUAAGAAGCCGGGGAAGUUUGAUUUCAACGCCCUGUCGCCCCAGACGAGGUCCCCCCGCAUGACGUUCACACACCACCCGCUGCCCGUGCUGGCAGGAGUGAGACCAGGGAGUCCCCGUGCCUCAGCGUCAGCUCUCCACUUCCCCUCCUCCUCCAUCAUCCAGCAGUCCAGUCCCUACUUCACUCACCCCACCAUCCGCUACCACCACCACCAGGACCCGCUCAAGGAGUUUGUCCAAUUCGUCUGCGCCGACGGCUCGGGGCAGUCCGGGGGACAGCCUAACGGAGGUGGUCACAGCCAGAGCAAAAUGCCAGGCUCCUUCCUGCUGCCCCCGCCGCCCCCAGUGGCGCGCCCCGUGCCCCUCCCCAUGCCCGAUUCUAAACCAAUCAACACACCCCCCGACGGCGGCGGACUCAGCUCGCCCGCAUCUCCGUCAUACUCCACGGCAGGCUCCACAGCUCCCAACAGGUUUGUCAGCAUCGGAGCACGGGACAACUUUCUGAACAUCCCCCAGCAGUCUCAGUCUUGGUUCCUCUGACAAGGCCUCCGACUCAACCGCUAGAAUUGUGUCAUGAGAAAAUUGGGAAUGGAAAAACAACACAACACACAAAACAAACCAACACUGACUACAAACAAACUGCUGACACUAAAGUAUUUUUGCUCAACAACCAACAACACAAAAACAGAAAAUAACCCCCCAGAAGAAUACCCAUUUCCACGAUUUGAACAUUUGAACCGGAACAACCAUCUCCUUAUACAGAAGGCUGAAAAGAGAUCGGUUGAAGUGGACAGACUCAGAACGAACGACAGAACGAGGAAGAAGAGGAGGAAGAAAGAUGAGGAAAUGUCACACACAAAACAUGUCAGAAAGCAAACAAAAAUAUGCAACCUGACAACUAACUGACCAAUUUCGUUUUAUUGUUGUUUUUCUAUUUUAUUUUCACAAUGAAACUCCAUGCAAUGGCUGGGAGAUCCACCCACACACAACAGUGUAAAACACAUAGUUGGCAGAAUUUGGUCAUUUGAGCUAUAGCUAUAAACAUUGUCACCGCCCAAAAGAACCCAUUCUGUAAUCCUUUAGUCUCUCCUCCUGACGGUGCUUUACGUCCCUGCUCCCUCUCUCAUCUGUCAACCAGGUGUCCAGGGUUGCCCCGGCAACGCCCACAGCCUCACACAACCACAUCCGACUGGCCUCACUGCCGCUUAAUGUACUCAGCCCUGAAUCCCCUCCCUCCUCCCUUCUUCUGAUUGGCCAAACACUGGGACACCAUCCAAUGGUGUGAUACCAUCUGCACUAGAUGGCUGGUUUUAGCUUACCCUCUUGUGAAGAGCGAUAGCCAAUAGCAUGAGCCGAGAGCGAACACAAAACAGUCAGUCAGUCAGACAUGAGACAGUCAGACAUAACAGACAGAAAGUCAGUCAGUCAGACAGACAUAACAGGGAGACAGACAGACAUAAGAGACAGACAUAACAGACAGACAGUCAUACAACACUAUGCCCUCUUUCGUCCCCUCACCUAUGCACUACUGAAACAAAUAAGGGAGGAAACAGAGCGAUCCAGCAGGUCGCUGAAGGCAGUGUGUGUGUGUGGGCAAUGGGCUGUGGCUCUGGCAUCCUGGCACUCACACAUACACGCACUCACGCAGACUCAAAGUACGUACACACACACACACAGAUCAUUGUCUCCAGAACCCACACGUCUGGCAGACACAACUGAUUCACUGACAAUACCAUUUUGUCUGUGUGUCCUUCACAGUAACAUAAUACAUGCAUAGGAUCAACAUCAUCAUGUAAUAACUAGCUUUCUUUUGGUUUGUAGCCGUUUUCUUGCAUUUCAUUUUGUUUGCCGGAUUGGUUUUGGUUUUGUCUCACUUGGAUUCUUUUGCUUAUGUUUGACCUUCUUCCCUGAGAUCUUUUUCUUUCAUCCGCUUUUUAUUUUGCAGAAAAAAUAUCAUCUUCGUUUGCAAUAACAGGCAUCUCUGAAAUCUCUCACAAACACCAGUACAGGAACUUGCGACAACCCCUGCCCUGCUUCACCCUGUAACCACAGUCCAUUCACAGUAGCGCCCGGAGGAACACACGCUGACACACCACCGUAUCAAAAUGCACACUACUAACACCGUCACCCUGAUUCCAAACACAAAGGUGAGCCUUUAUAUACGAGUUUCUCCAAACUGCCUUUGAUAAUGGUUUUUCAUUCAUUUUGACAUUUGUCAUUUUUAAUUUGAGAUACCUUGUUUUUUUCUAUUGUAAAUGUGAUUUAUUAAAUUGUUAUUGAUAUUGUACUUUUUUUUUUUUAUCAUGACACAAUAAUUCAAACAAAAAAAAGCCAAACCUCACAAAAUAACUGGACUGCCUAGCUGUUGGUUUCUUCCAUGUGCAGGGAUAGAAUUGUCUGACAGCCCAGGCACUCUGAGUUUAUAGUAAAAUUAGCUCUAUGUACUCAAAUCAUAUAUCACAACUAUAACAAUCUAUGGAAGUGCCUCUGUACUCCCCUAUCAUGCAAUUAGUUCAAAUUCAGGUUGAUGUUUUUGUUCACAUAUAUGCUAAAGCUACAAAGAAUGGUGAUGUUUCUUCCUAUAUGGAAACCAUUGGCUAUAGGACAGAAUCUUUGUAGAAGACUGCAAAAUUUUAUAAAGAGAGAGAGAGAGAUCUUAAACAUAUAUAUUUAUGGUAUAUGCUCCUUUUUUAAACUUGACUAAAAUGAGCUUGUUGGCAGUUUAGUUAUUUUCUGAACUCUUGAGCUAGCAGAAUUCCAUGAUGGACAGCACCUCACUGUCACCAUGACAAUUCAAUGAGCACCCACCCAACCUCCACAAAUCUACAGUGCAACAUUCAAAAAAAACGAAACAAAAAUGUCCAUGAUGCAAAAUAGAUGAAACAUGUCAAAAUCGACAAUGGAAAAAUUGAAGAAAAAAAGUGUUUGUUUUUUGAUGGAAAGUAUUAUUAUUGAAAAAUAUGUGUCGAUUGAGCCACGUGCAAUGCAUUGGGUAGAUUCAUUGUGUUUUGUCUGUUAGAGAUUUUUAAGAAAGCUAAGAA